UUCAGCGGUAUGUUGACAAGGGGCAGCUGCCCCACCUUCUCUUCCAUGGCCCUCCCGGAACUGGCAAGACAUCCACAAUUUUAGCCGUAGCUAGGCAGCUCUACGGCUCGCAGCAGGCAUCUCAUGUGCUGGAGCUAAAUGCUUCGGAUGACCGAGGGAUUGGAUCGGUGCGGGAGUUGGUGAAGACAUUCGCGGAGACAACUUCUGCUUCCUUUUCGCUGUCGGGCGCUGCUUCCUCCGGGCCCCCCAAACUCAAGUUGAUUAUACUGGACGAAGCGGAUCAAAUGACCUCCGCGGCUCAGAAUGCGCUUAGAAGAAGUCUGCCAUUGUUGCUUUUGCCUCACCAGCACUUGCUAUUGAUGCAGCAGUAG